AUGGAUACCACCACUACGGAUUCUGAAGGCGAGACUAUCCCAACUGAUGAUAUAGGAUUGGCUUCAGAAUUUGUAGACAACGAUAUUGACAUUGAUUUCGCCUCAGCAAGUCAGGAUAGUAAUAAUAAUUUGAUGUUGCCAUCCUUUAGAGUACUGGAUGUUGCCUUGAGAGUUAAUCGUGAUCGACACCGCUCCUUUCUUAGUUCUGUCCACAGGAUGAGUACAAAUGAUGGUGCAGACGAGGCCGAUAAUGAUGACGUUGAUGAUGAUGACGUUGAUGGUGAUGAUGAUGACGAGGAUACUGCUGCUGCUGCCGAUGAUGAAGAUGGUAUUGAUGAAGAUGAAGACGAAGAUUACGAUGCAAAUGAUGACUCAAUGGUUGAUGAGUAUUUCUCUCAAUUACUAGGUGGAUCAGAAACACUACGUUCCGAUAAUCCUUUAAAUGAACAUCUACUAUUAUCAAGCUCCAGUCAAAACUUCACAAGAAGAAAUGCCAUAAUAUCUUCUGAUCGUCGGGAAAGGCAAAGAAACGCCAAUUAUACCCCACAACAAGGUGCUAUCUCGUUAAGUCGUCAGUAUACAAUCAGAUGCAAAAGAGGGGAAAGGGAUACGAAGGUUUUGAAGGAUGAUAAACUUGAGAAGGAAAUCUCCCAAAUUGCUGAUAAAAUAGAUGAAAUCUUUGAUUCGUUGAAGAAUCUUGCGUAUAAGCCCAGGCUAUCUCCGUUGUUUCCAAUUCCUACUAGUCCACAAAGUAUGCCUUCAUAUUUGACUACUUCUAAAGUAAUGAAAAAACAAGGGUGUUUGAGCACUUCAAUGGACAACAUAUUGCAAAUGAGAAGAAAUGGAUCGUGGUGGAACUUCCAAAAGUAUAAUUCUUCCAGAAGGGUCAAGAGCCGGAAACGGAAGUCAACUUCAUUUUUAUCUCGAGUGACGAAUUCUCGUAGUUCAUUUCUGGAUGUUCGUCUUGCGUACCAUGACCAAUCUGUGCAUAUCCAACUCCCACCUCUGAAACGAAAGAGAACAAAUGAAGAGAGCAAAUCCAGAACCACAACAACUGGCUCAACGGACGAAGAACAUAAGAAGUCAAAACUGAAAGAUUCUAAACAACAAAUUUACGAUCUGAACUGGCAAACUAAUUUGCAUCCGAGCUUCCAAAAUGGACCAGGACCUGGACCUAUUGGCGGUAAAGAAGAGGAAGAUAACGAUGUAACACUUCCUAUUUUAGAAAAGGAAAUAGAUGUUUCUUCAUUUUUUGGAGAACAAUGUGCUGACAAUAUGUUAUCUUCUGAAGAUAAGGAGAUGAUAAUGAACAUUAUUCCCAAUUCACAUUUAAAAGAUGGAACAUCGUUUUGCAUUGGUAUUCCUGGGUCUGGAACGGAUUUCUGUGAUUUAAACGUACAAAUUGUGGAUUAUGAUCAAAAAACAUUAGAGGGAACGUUUGAAAUUCAGUUGGAUUCAAUUAAAAAGUUAAUUCAAAUUAGACGAUUCUUCUUUGGUAAUCAAGUGUUGGAUUCAAUAUCAACCGAGUUGAGUAUUUUUGACAGAAUGACCGGUGCAGCAGAGCAAUCUCUGUUCAUUGACAAGACCAUUAAUUAUCUGAUUGCAGUGCCAUUUCAUGGGAAUCUAGUUGAUUUCAAAAAGAAUGAUUUGAGGUUCUAUGAGGGGAAUGAUUUCCGUUCCCUUGAUAGCUCCGAUAGCUAUGUUAGCCGUGCUCAAUGUUAUUUGCUCAGAGCGCAGUUAAUGGAGUGGACAAAGCUCAAUCCAUUUAAACAAUUUAAAGAGCUGUAUUUUUUGCUGGUCUUAUGGCGCUUGAAAUGUGGACUAUGUGAUAAUCCAAGAAUUAAUUUGUCAUCGUGUGGUUUGAAAAGGCAAGCUUUAGAGUUUGCUGAGAAGGUCAUUAAAUAUAUUGAACCCUUGACAAACACUUUUGGGUUUGCAAAGCAUCAAAGUCCCAAGAGGAAGAUUUCAUUUUAUGAUGAGAGCAAAGAGAUGAUGGAAACAAUAGCAGCUUCACAGAGACUACAGGAAAGAGAACGAGCCAAUGAUAUAGGUGGUGGUGAUGAUAUUAACUUGCUAGACUCAGUUCUUAAUGACGGAACAACAGAAGUAUUUAUGAGAGGAAGAAACAAUAGACAUGCAUUUAUCUUACGGGACCCACCUCCACAAGUGACGUUUUCCAACUACUUGUCAAACAGUGAUAUGAGCUUUUUUAUGGAAACCUGGAACAAAAUGAUGGCUGAUGUACUUGGCGAUACAUUAACUAUGCCCAAUAACUGUCUUACUAAUAUCCAAUGGAAUUAUAUAUUGUUUGAUCUUACUGUUGAUGCAGGAGACAUUCUUGAUCACUUGAUUCAAAUAGUGAUUGCAUCUUUCCCUGAAUCAGUUAUUGAAAAGUAUAGAAAUGAAGAGUCCACGGAGAACAGCCUUCCCAAAAAGGCAACCUCAUGUCCGAUUAUGCUUGUGGGGUCAAUUGACAGGAAAUCAGGUAAACUUGAAUUGACAAACACUAUCAAAUCAAUGAAGUCUCGAUUCACAAAGGCUAAAGUGCCUAACUUCCCACUCCCUCCUACGGUUAUAAAUCCUCCCAUAAAGCCUAUUUCACGGCUUGUGUUCUCGUCGUCCAACGGAACGAAUGACGUGAAGGACGACCCUUCAAACACAAUCAAUACGGAGACAGUGUUGACUGGAUUUAGAAAGCACAACGGAACGAGAGGUGGGGGAAUGUCUGUGACCGGAAUACUAUGA